CUGUGGUUACCAUAAUAACUGCAACACGCAGUUAAUUUAAUAUAAUCGGAUAAUGACGGAUAAUUAUUGCACGUGAUGUGACAGUUAAUAUUCGAUGUUGCAAUCCAUCAAAGAUCAAGGAGCAUCGGCAAAAUGGGUCGAACGAAAGCUCUCAAAGAGAUACAAGUGGAAACGUGGCUUACCAGGAACAAAAUAAGUCGAUAUCGUGCAAUUCUGAAGUUACAUGCACGCGACAAGGACCUGCAGCUGUUGCAAGCUACGAAAUUGAAAUCGAUAGUGUCGAAGAAGAUCGCGUCUCUGGAAGUAGAUGUUAAAAGGCAUCACGAAAUCAUCACUGACUUGAGCGAUGACGGUAAACAACGUAUACUGGAAUCGUUGGCUGACAACAGAUUAUUUUAUUUGGCGCUUAAACAUCUGAAACCAUCCCAAAUUUACGAGGCAGUGUAUCAAGAUUGCAAUGUGAAACGUCGUCUCUUGGACAAACUUUAUUAUGAAAGAAAUAAAAGAUUGCAACGAGGUCUCGAACUACAGUCGAAACGCUGUGUUCUUUCAACUGAGCUCGAAGAACAGAGGGAGGAAUUACCGCAUUGCGAGGAGCAAAAAUUGAUAGCGAGAUUACAGCAAUCCAUCACAAAAUAUGACGCGGCGAAAGCGAUAUCUUCUACGUACUGCUCGAUGUUAGAUAUUUUGAAAAAGGACACAACAUUCUUUGAUACGCUAUUAAAUACUUUAAAAGAAGAUCAAUCUUCCCAAUGUAAAGCGAUGUUGAGGGUGACAGUGAUAGGUCAGCUGGCAGCUGAGAAUCUAGACGAUAUUAGACAGAAAUAUAAAAAAAUGACCCGUGCCGUUUUGCGUAAUAUGAAAAUUAGAGAGCAAAUGUUGAGUACUGUACGCUACCAAGUGGAAGAUUUGUGGGCUUACGCGCAAUCAUUGGUUCGCGUUCAAAGCGAUCACAUUUUUGCGAAAAAAGAUAUCGACGUAUCUGCCGCAAUAUUAGAAAAUCAAUUAACACUUUUGGAAAAUAUCUGCACUAAAGUAAAAGAAACUCUACUCGUGCGUUCUUAUUAUGACUUAUUAUCAAGGCUUCAAACCCAAUACGAACAAAAGAAAGUUUUGCUAGCGCGAUUAGAAGCCAAUGUAAAAAAUCGCGAUCUUUUGUUGAACAAAAAGAAUCAUGCUCUACACGUUCUCGAGAAUCUCAAGCAUUCUACAAUAACUGCAACAGAACAGUAUAAAAUUAAUGAUAUAUAUGAUAUGUUGGAACAAAUCGAGAUUGAAAAGAAACGCCAGAAGGAUCUCAAAGAACAAAUAAAAACUCGCGGCGAAUUGUUCAUAAAUGUCAGAGCAGCUUUUCAGAAUAUAAACGCUAUGUUGUUCUGCAUCAGAUAUAGUACCAAAAUUGCAAAGAAACUACCCAGAGAGGGCAAUAAAGCGGGAUUAAAAGAAAGUAUAAUGAUCGAGAAGGAAGAUAUGGAAGAACAUGAUAUGCAACCGGAACUCGAAGAAAUAGACACCGAUGUUUUAGUUUUAUUAGCAAAAAUCAGCCGCAAAAUAAACAUUCUCUUCAGCAUGAGCAAUUUCGAUCUCGAGCAGGAAAAGGCGGAUAGAGCGCGAGAUCUCUAUCAGACUUACGUAUCCAAUUAUAAUUCCAAUUUGAUAUUUGGACCCGGUAAAGAGGAACCAAUUGGAUUAUUGGUUGAACAUGAGAUGGUCGAUGUUACUAUUCCGACGCGGGCAGAUAUCAAACUUCAAAGCAAGCAAAUUAUAGAGACCCAUCUGAAACCAGAAUAAUUUAUCAUGUCAGAUCUAACAAAAUAAAACAUAAUUUAGAAUUUUUAUUUA